CGGAAAAGAAUGUAGUCCUUGUUGCUUUCGAGCCAAGCAACGUAGCAUGUGUGGACCCACACCCAAAAAAAUCCCAAAAGCCAAGUUCCAAAUAAACAGUGUACAUUCUUCCAAGUUCCAAGAACCAAACUUUUUGAUCACCUUCUCUUUCACUUCCUCACUCUUCCCUUUAAACUCAAACUCCAAAAGCUCUAUUUUCUUUCAACACCAUUUCCUUCGUCUCUACUUCCAUUGGUGAUUAGUUUUGGUGUCAUGCUUUUCCACAUGGUCGUUGUCUCUUACCUACCAGAACGAGAACUUUUUUGAUGUUCAACCUGUUCAACACUAUAUAGAAUAUCGAUGACUAUGAAUCUGAAAGCUUUGCUUUAGUGCCAUGCCUCUCAGUUAGAAACAAUAUAUCUUUCUUACAUUAUAAUUAUGCUUGAUACUGAAUUUCAUCUACGUAUCCCAGUCCAUGGCCACUAUUUCCCCGUUCUCCCCUCCCAUUCCAGUCCCAAAUACUAGUUCAAAGUUUCAGUCUCCAAUGCUUCAACCUUAUUUAGAGCAACUAGAAGCACAACAACUUCAGCUGCAGCCAGUUGUUGUUAAACAGGUAAAUGAUGAGCCUCUUCAUGGUUCGUCUAUCCAAAACCCUGAAUCGGGUGUUAGUUCUAAUCAUGCUUCUGUCAAUCAUUCGGUAACUGCAUACCAUGUUUCAUUCAAUCAAGACUAUGGCUGUUUUGCUAUCGGCACUGAUCGCGGUUUUGGAGUAUUUAACUGUGUCCCUUUCUGUGAGUCCUUUUGUCGAUACUUUGAAAAUAUAGGUGGUAUUGGAAUUAUUGAAAUGUUCUUUCGCACCAAUAUAUUAGCCUUUGUUGGACAUGGAGAUCAUCCGCAAUAUCCCCGAAACAAGGUCAUGAUUUGGGAUGAUCACCAAAGCCGUUGCAUCAGUGAGCUCUGUUUCCGGUCGGAGGUGCGCAGCAUCAGGCUUCAACAGGACUGCAUCGUGGUAGUUCUUGAGCAGAAGAUAUUUGUCUACAAUUUUUCUAAUCUGAAGUUGUUGUUUCAAAUUGAAACAACAACAAACCCAAAGGGUCUCUGUGAGGUUUCACAAACUGCUGGUCCACUCGUAUUGGUGUGCCCUGGUCUGCAAAAGGGUCAAGUUCGGAUCGAACAUUAUGCAUCAAAAAGAACGAAAUAUAUUGUAGCACAUGACUCAGUGCUUGCAUGUUUUGCUCUUACUAGGGAAGGCAACCUGCUGGCAACAGCAAGCACCAAGGGUACACUAAUCCGGAUUUUCAACACUCUUGAAGGUACAUUGUUGCAGGAGGUAAGAAGGGGUUUGGAUAGAGCAGAAAUAUACAGUGUUUCAUUCUCUCCAACUGCUCAGUGGCUAGCUGUCUGCAGCGACAAAGGCACUGUUCACGUUUUCAGCCCCAAGGUCAAUCUAAUGAACUUGAGUACUAACAAGUCAAAUAGUUCUUCCGACUCCCGUGUUCCUGUGGCGGCAUCUAGCUCAUUCUCCUUCAUCAGAGGAGUGCUUCCAAAGUAUUUUAACUCAGAAUGGUCUGUGGCUCAAUUCCGGCUGCCAGGAGUUUCUAAAUACAUUGUUACAUUCGGUAAUGAAAAGAAUACACUGAUAAUUCUCGGCUGGGACGGAAGCUUCAUUAGAUGCAAGUUUGAUCCAGCAUCCAGCAAAGAGAUGACUCAGUUGGAAUAUCACAACUUUCUGAAGCCUGAAGAGCCUUGUAAUGGGAAGUAUGGAUGACAUUCGCGCCCAAGAAGGAUAUUAAAGCUUCUCUUACUUUGCCCUUCUUUUGCACGUAGUAGGUAGAUGGCGUAUGUAAAAAAUGAAACAUAUGAGUUUGUAGUUGUAAAUUGAAAAUGUAUAUUCAGAGUUUAGAACAACAAGCAGUUCCUAGCAAUAAAAGAUGCAUCGAGUUUUCCCUCUCA